GUGGUCGCGCGACGCUCCUUCGCGUCAUCAGGACGACGUACUCCGAGCUGUCCGGGGUAGUGCAACUGCAAAAAUGUUUCUGAAAGUUUUGUAUGGGUUUUUAUUUGUUCUAGUACUUUAUGGAAUUCCUUCAAAUGGACAGAAGAAGAAGGAGGCCGUGCUCUCCGAUAAAGUGGCACAGAUGAUGGACUGGGCCAGCAGGCGGGCAGUGAUCCGGAUGAACGGUGAAAAGUUCCGCCGCUUCGUGAGGGCUCCCCCGCGUAACUACUCCAUGGUGGUGAUGUUCACUGCACUGCAGCCUCACAGACAGUGUGGAGUGUGCAGGCAAGCUGAUGAAGAAUAUCAAAUCCUGGCUAAUUCCUGGCGCUACUCUAGUGCGUUCACCAACAGGAUCUUCUUUGCCACUGUGGAUUUUGACGAAGGCUCUGACGUCUUUCAGAUGCUGAACAUGAACUCGGCCCCGUCGUUCAUCCACUUCCCGCCGAAGGGGAAAUCCAAGCCGGCCGACACGUACGAGCUCCAGGUCCGAGGCUUUGCGGCGGAACAGAUCGCCCGGUGGAUUGCAGACAGGACCGACGUCCACAUUCGGGUAAUCCGACCGCCAAACUAUGCUGGGCCACUGAUGCUGGGCUUCCUCCUGGCUGUGGUAGGGGGGCUGGUGUACCUACGGAGAGACAACCUGGAGUUCCUGUACAACAAGAAUGCCUGGGGCUUCGGUGCACUGUGCAUUGUCCUGAUCAUGACUUCAGGGCAGAUGUGGAACCACAUCCGUGGGCCUCCGUACGCCCACAAGAACCCCGGUACUGGACAAGUGAGUUACAUCCACAGCAGCAGCCAGGCCCAGUUUGUGGCAGAAACGCACAUAGUUCUCCUGUUCAAUGCGGCCGUCACCCUCGGGAUGGUGCUGCUGCAUGAGGCAGCCACAUCUGACAUGGACAUCGGGAAGAGAAAAAUCAUGUGUGUGGCUGGAAUAAGCCUGGUGGUCCUCUUCUUCAGUUGGCUGCUGUCCAUCUUUAGAGCCAAAUACCAUGGGUAUCCAUACAGUUUCCUGAUGAGUUAAAGAAUCAGGCUGGGAGGAUUUGGAGUCCGAUCGGUCUUAAUAUGGAAGAGGCCUCAUCCCCUUUGACAGGAACCAAAUUGAAACAAGCAGCACAGUUCAGAUUUUAGUGCCUUAAGUUUAAGUACAAUAACUCCCCAUUUGUUAGAUGUUAUUAAUACUGUCCCUUUCCUUAUUUCCUUUUCAUACCUGGUGUUAUUUUUCCAUUUCUAAGCGUUCCAGCUUGUCAUUGAUCUCUGAUUUGCAUUUGUAUUCAUCUGCUUGUGGAAAGUAAUUGAGGACGCUAUAAACACAGGUGCACACGUACACACAAACGCAGAGAUGCUAAGUUGGACUACCUCAUCUCACAGGUAAUUCAGGUCUGUGCACGGCAUUGUCCAGUGACAUGUACUGUACACGUACAUAUACACAACUCUCUCCUUCAAGGGCUUUUAAAACAAAUGAGAGAUAUGGCAUUGACAUUUUUCAUAACUAUAUUGAUAAAGGCAGUAUAUUAUAAAUUAAAAAUGGAGAGGCUUUUUUUAUUGUUAAAUAUUGACGGGCAUGUUCAUUUUCUUUAUUAUGGGACAGCUCAAAAGGUCAUUAAAUCUUUUACAGCUUAAGUGUGUCAUGUCAGAUAGUGCGUAUGCUGCAAACAUUAGCCCCAUUAGUGUGCAGGGGAACCACUGUGCCUCAAGCCCAAAUCAAAAGUGUUUCAACAUGGAACGACUCAUUACUGAUACAUGUGAAUGCUCUUGUAUGACACAGUGCAUUUAACCGACUGACAGAAGUAGGAAUAGAAUUUAUUCUAAUGCCAACCACGCUGUCACUUUCCAAAAUUCUGUCCUGUAUUUCUUCCUGUCGUAUGAAGUGACAUGAUAUCCAAAUGCAAAAUCCAGCCAAAGGCAAAGCUUCUAUCACUUUUUUGUGAGAUACAAUUUGCAAGAAAAAAACAACAACUGGAAGAAGCUGAUAGGAUGUGUCUGACAAUAUGUGUAUCUCAGCAGAGCUAAAUUCACAAGAGCUCUAGGAAAUGGCAGAUUACACUUUUCCAAUACAGUCCCUUAAGAGUUGUUCCAUUAUAUUGUCUUUUUGUAUGGAUUUCCUUUUUCCUGUUAAUGUUUUUUUGUGAACCUAUGACAAGGUACAAUUAGUGUCUCGGAUGCAAAUGCAGUCUACAUGGGAGUGCUUCAGGUGAUGCUUUCUUUGCAAUUAAAGUGCCUUAAAAAUU